AUCGCCAUUUGUUUGUCGUGCAUCAUGCAGCGUCAACAUUUACCUUGUUUACACUCUAGUGGCUACAUUUAUUGUCCAUUCUUAAUGAAACUUGUCUGUGGGUGUGUCUGUCCGAAUAUGCUGCGUCGCGUGAACCUCCAAAAUGCUUGAGCUAAAGACAUGCAACUUAACAGGAAUAUUGGAUGAAGAAGAGCGUGACAUCCUGGUAGGAAAGUCGAAAAGUCCGACAAAGAUGAGAUCAAUUUACAUACAGGAUGCAACGGUGGACAGAGUAAAAGUGGCUUUGUGGAGAAACACCAACAAAGACGUCAGAACUGGGGAUUACGUCAAAAUCACUGAUUUGACAAUACACACUUACCAAACAAAGUACACAACUGAAACCAGCUUCAAUUCUACCUACACAACUUCAGUUACUAAAGUCGAACAACCAACUGUACAUGUGACGGUUACAGUAAUAGGUGCCUGUGUACAAGAUGACGUUACAGAACUUCUCCUCAGUGAUGACUCUGUGAGGGCAAUACCUUCACAAUUAUUAAUGGCUGCCCUUCAACAAGAACUUGAUGAAGACUUGGAUCCAGAAUCUUUCUUUGCAGAGAGAAAAACAAACUUAAGGCUGCAAUUAAAAGGAUCAGAAUUGCACACAUCUGAGCUGUCGGAUGGCUUUGAGUGGGGUAGGCUCAACUUGCAGUCUGUCACUGAACAGAACAACCUGGAUGACUUUCUGGCCACCGCAGAACUAGCUGGCACUGAAUUUACUGCAGAGAAGUUGAAUGUGAAGUUUGUACCCCGUGAUUCUGGUGGCUUACCCAGGGGUGAAGACCUGUUGGCCAUACAGGGUCUGCACAAGCAACACGAGAAUCUGCUGAGAAUACCACGCAGACCUCAGUGGAGCACAGAGAUGUCCGCCUCUGAGCUGGACAAAAAGGAAAGACAGGCCUUCCUGGAAUGGAGGAGAUCCCUGGCAUUGCUGCAGGAGGAUGAGAGGAUAGUGAUGACACCCUACGAGAAAAACCUGGACUUCUGGAGACAGCUGUGGAGGGUCAUUGAAAGAAGUGACAUUGUGGUACAGAUUGUAGAUGCCCGUAACCAUCUCUUGUUAUACUGCCCUGACAUGGAGACCUAUGUAGGAGAGGUGGAGCCCGGCAAGGUCUGCCUGCUGCUGGCCAACAAGGCUGAUCACCUGACUAAGGAGCAGAGGCAGUUAUGGGCCUACUAUUACAGAGAAGGUAUCAGGUUUGCGUUCUGGUCUGCAGUGAAGGAGUCACUACGUCAGGAGCAGGAGGAGAAACAGGAGAAAUAUGACUCUCAGACUGAGGAAGAGGGGACGAUACACAUGUUGAAGGGAUUGCACACUGGAAGAAAGGCUCACAAGGGACUAGUCACUGUCGGAAUGGUUGGCUACCCCAAUGUUGGCAAGAGCUCCACAAUCAAUGCCAUCUUGAAGAUGAAGAAGGUUCCAGUGUCGGCAACUCCUGGAAGAACCAAACACUUUCAGACGCUGUACGUGGUUCCAGAGUUGAUGCUGUGUGACUGCCUAGGCCUGGUGUUCCCCUCGUUUGUAACCACCAAGGCUGACCUCGUGGUCAGUGGGAUCCUGCCUAUAGACCAGAUGAGAGACUACAUACCUCCAUCAUUAUUGCUGUGUGAGAGGCUGCCCCGCUGGGUGCUUGAGACCACGUACGGGAUCAACCUGCCAGCCCCUGGGGAGGGGGAGGACCCCCACAGACCCCCCACAGCGUACGAGCUCCUUAAUACAUAUGGAGCCAUGCGAGUAUACAUGACGUAUAGGGCAGUACCAGACAUGCCACGAUCUUCAAGGUAACUCCUGAAGGACUAUGUCAAUGGCAAGCUGUUGUACUGCCACCCACCUCCCGAUGUGGACCCAGAGGCGUUCAACAAGUUUGAAGAAAGGAGACUAGUCAAGGCCGGCCCUGCUGGCAGUGGGGACCAGCCGGGGUCAUCAGACAACACACAGCCACUGCCGCCCAGCAAGAUUGAUGCAGACAUCUUUAGAAAGAGGACACCAUUAUUGCCAAAUCUCCAUAAAACUUGGAGUUUUCUAGUGCAUACAAAAACAACCCACAGUGACAAGCCUGGUACCCCGUCAUCUGGAGCUGGGAGCCAGACUAGUGUAGCAGGCAAACCGUGUAAGAAGCACAACAACAGAGGCAAGAAAAAGAAACUAAGGCGGGUCUACGGGUACCUUUAUAAGUGUUGA